AUGCUGACCCUCCCGCCCGACCCCUACUUGGCUCUCGGAGUCUCGAGAGAAGCCCAGCUUGGCGAAAUCCGCACCGCGUAUCGGAAGCUCGUUCUCAAGUGCCAUCCAGACAAGAUCCAAGACCCGCUGCUCAAGCAGCAGAAGCAAGAUGAGUUCCAGAAGGUUCAGCAGGCUUACGAGCUGCUUUCCAACGAGACCGAGAAGAACAAGUACGACGACAUGUACAAGCUCAACGAGCUGCAGAAGGAAAUGAGCAGGAUGUCGACCUCGUCAACCGCCCAGCCUCGCUCUUCGAGGCGCGAGCGGGAACCCGAGUAUUACAAUGGCGCGCGCGUCUACACGGCAGAGCCGAGGCCCUCUACCUUUGCCUCACCCUCUUCCAAGACGUAUGCGGCCGGCACACCACCUAGCCGAUCAUACGAGGAGUUUACCGUCCCAAUCUACGAUCACCACCCGCCCAGAAAAACAGCCAGCUAUGAGCGCGCCCCCAAGUCAGACUGGGAGAAGCGCACCUCGAGAGAAGAGCGGGAGGACAAGUACGAGCGCAAGAGCAAGAAGGAAGACAAGCGAGAACGCGAAGAGAAGUCUCGGAAAGAAGACAAGGAGAAGCGGGACAAGAAGGAUGCAGAGCGGAGAGAGAAGGAGAGGAGAAAGGAGAAGGAAGAGCGCAAGGAACGAGAGGAGAAAGAGCGCAAGGAGAAGAAGAAGAAGGUCGAACAAACUCGCAAGAAGGAUGCCGAGUACAAGACUCAACAGCAGAAGUCGUCCGCGCGGACCACAACGUACGCGACCUAUUCGUCAGAUAGCGACUCAGACGACGCUUACCGGACCACGAGGAAGACGUCUGGCACGCGGGAGAAGGUCAUCCCCGUGGUGACGUCGGAGCGUGAGAGGAAGUACUCGGAGAACAUGGACAUUGCUACCGAUUACCUCGAGCGGUCCGGCGCGAGAAUCUCACUGAAUAACCGCCCCGCCAAGCCACAGGCGACUGAGCACUUCCAGGCGAGACAUGCAAUCCCCAUGGCAGCUCCCACACCACCACCUCCUCCUGCCGGUCCUCACGCACCGCCGCCUCCACCGCAAUACGAAGAGGACGAAGCUGUUCAUCGUUCAUCCGCUACCAAGAGCGGAAGUCGCCGAACAGAUAAGUCGUCCUCGGCCAAGAAGAGCGCCCGAGGCUCUUCGCGAGACCCUGCUGGCAUUGACUACAUCCCACGUGGCGCGCCCUCGCUCCAAAAGUCGCACACCAUGCCACCCGAGUACCACGCUCGUGUGCAUCCUGGACGGUCGCAUACAGAGUAUACUGUCCGGCCAAGUAUGCCGGCAAUGACUCGAGCUCACACCUUCAUGGACACCCGGACAGCCGAGUAUGCUCGGGACCGAAGUCCGACGCGGCACCGACGGACCCACUACUCAGACGACGACGAAGACUCUGACGGCGGUCGUCGCCAUCGCAGAAGCAAGCAUCGGUCCCCCGAGCCUACUGAGCGGACUUUCCGUUACGCCGUCGAUCCUGGCAAGACUUCUACGCGCCAAGUCUCCCACGAAGACAUUCCGCGGCAGAAGUCUUCCAAGUCAAGUUACCACACGGCCAACACGUCCGCCCGGAUGGAGCCGGCCGGUUUGUACGACGGCUAUCCAGCGCAACCUGCCAUGAAGGUUCGGUACUCUCCAACCUACGCCGAGGACGAAAUCAAGUAUUCACCCUUGCAGCACGCUCCCACUUUCCGGUCGGAGUACGUCGACACAUACUAG